AUGGCCCUCCGCGCGAUGCUGCUGGGCAUGUGGAAGUGCAGGCCGGUGCUCUGCGAAGGCCAGGAGAGAGGGGCCAGCGAACCGAGAGAUUGGGCUUCCACGCCGUGCGCCUCGCGGGCUCGAUCGCAUUCCAAUCGGCUGGGCGACGUCUUGGGCUGGCUGGACCGCAGGGCGCGGCUUCUGCAAGCAGCGGGCGGGCUGGAGCUGAUCGGGGAUGACACGCGCGCCUGGGAAGCCUUCGUGGAGCUCCUGGAGCUGGCGGACUUUGCGGAGGCGCUGCCUUCCGCGCCCUCCGAAGCGCGGGCCCGGCGCCUCGGGGAGGCGGCGGCGGGGCUCUUCGACGCCUUCGCGGCGGCGCCGGCGCCGGGAGACGCCUGGGCCUCCGUUGCCCGGAACGUCUUGGCGCUGGACUAUGCCUUUGCGCUCUUCUGCUCAAAGGACGCCAGGUUUGUGCGUGAGGCUUUGGGUGAUUUGGGCAUCCAAGAGGUUGUGGACCCGAUGGCCGGCUCGGGCCUGCACGCGCAGCUUCUGGCGCGCGAGGGCUUACAAGUGACGGCAUCUGAUUCCUGCACUCAAGGGCGGCUAUGCUGGUUUCCCGUGGCUGAAAUGCGCCUCGAGGAGUUGCCCGUGUUGGGCCACCCAAAGGCGGCGCUCUUUCUGUGCUGGCCCCCGCACAGUGAUGCGGCGGACACUGCCCUCCAGAAGUUUGGCGGGCACGUGCUGGUGCUGGUGGGUGACCGGGGCAAGUGGCACGGCAGCGAGACCUUCCACCAAGAGUUGCAGGAGAACUGGGAGCUGCUGGGCCAGCGGAUGCUGAGGCGCUGGCCCAGGCAGGAGGACGACCUCCGGAUCUUGCGGAACUCCGCCAUGCCCAGCGAGACGAUUUCGGUGACCGCCAUGCUGCUGGAUGGCCGCGAGGUGCGCGUGGUGACGGCGCUGGACUCGCCGGUGGAGGGUCUCCGGGUCUUCGUGGGCCAUCAGCUGGGCAUCAACUCCCAUCGGAUUCAGCUGGCCGCCGGGGCGGAGGCGCUGAACAACGAAAGGACCAUCCGGGAGUGCGGCCUGGCGGACGAUGCCUUGCUGUCAGUUAUUGUGCUGCCACCUCUCUAUGGUGCACUGGCCCGCGCCCCGCGUGAGUAUCUGUGUGGGGAGGUCAUGGCAGCGAAAAUGGAGCUCCACGAUGCGUUGGCGCGAGCUGGCAGGCUGACUCCAAUUCACUGA